CACAUCGAGGACCUUGCGUUAGCGCAUCGGCUAGAACAUUAUAGAAGUCGGCAGGAGGCUGCUAAAGGUUUUGAUGAUGACCUCGAGUUUUGCCCUUCGCUCUCGGCAGAAGAGCUCGCUGAAUAUCGUCGUAAAGCUUCUCAGAGAAUUCUUAAACCAAACGUAACGCCACCACAACCGAAGC